CAUAACUUUGGUAUACAAGCCUCUCCAUUUUUAGAAAAUGGCUAAUGCAGAGCCUCCAAGACCGGCCGGUCUAUCUGUUGAAAAAAAGCCUUCCAUUACCGAAGAUCUACAUCUUAAAUCUGUUCCCAAUUCAUCCGAGAAAGAUGACAACGCUUUAAAGUCCUCCUCCGGCACACAAUCAAAGAAGUCACUCACAAAAAUUAAGGAAGAAGAUUCUGCUACAUCAAUUGACAAUAUUUCUGUGCCUGCUCCAACUCCCCUCAACAAGUCAGAUGAGCAAACUCGGAAUGGCAUAGUCUCAAAAUCUGAAUCAGACGAUCAGCCACGUAAAACUUUUGCGGAAGUCACACAAGAACUGAAGGCCCAAUUGAAUAAGACGGCAGAAGAGGUGGAGAAGUCGGACAAUGAGUUUGAGAGGUUGAUUGGUAACCUCGAGAAGAAAAUUCAAGCGUUAAGAGUUCAACUGGACUCUUCCAAAUAAAGACACGUUUUGGUGCCUGUUGCCAUGUUGUGGAACGUGGCUUUCUAGCCAACAUGUAUAAAUGUAUACAUAAAGAAAUAUUUGUUUAAGAACGUAAGUUUGACUUUGAAUGGGGUUUUUCUUUGAUCAAAGUUGGCAACAUAACGAAUUCUACCCAAUUUAGGACUUU